ACAUACUGCCUGUCUGGAAUGUGAACUGUUUACUUAUUUAUAACUUUGUGUCAACUGUAACUUGAUUGCACAACGUAUUUCUGUACAACAACGUAAGUCGACCGUGCAACACCCACAGAGUUCGACUGUGAAACCUACACUUCUCAGUGUUCCCCCUUAUAAUCGUCACAGUACACACACAACAGGAGCCGACAGAGGAAGUGCCCCAGCACAGCUCCACUCGCAAGGUAAACCCGCGUUACAUGGACAUGAGAGGUCUUUGUGCAACAGCUUGAUAAGUUGUUUAUGGAUGAUAUGGAUGAAGUACCGAUGAACAUACCUUGUACUUUGGAGGUCUAGAUGGCUAGCAGCACUGACUGUGCCCAGGACAAAGAACAGAAAGGAACAAAAGAACAAUCCAGUCAGACACACACAAGUUUAGAACAGAAUCAGCCGUUACCCAAUUUACGGGAGUUCAGCACUAUAUCAGACCCCCCAGUCCAGGUCCCCAUCCCUACUGGUGAUGGCACAGACGCCACAGUGCCCAAGGAAGUUGCUUCUGUUGGGUCGGGGCUGGACGCUGAUGGGGAGUUGGCGGAAGUAGCAACUGAGCAAGGCCGGCUGGGAGCGGAAGGAUAUGGGGGCCUUGCGGACCGUCAGGGUGCACGGCCUGACGGGGUGUUCAGCGAGGUUGCACUACACAACCCGAACGCGGCCCAGGGUGGGAAGAGGACCCCUCUGCAGAGUUCCGACAGCACGGAGACGGAAUACCUCCAACAGGCCGCCAGCGAGCUGUGUGUGAUUGAGAGGCCCAGAAGCUGCAGCAGUUCCUUGAGUGUGUCAUCAUUGUCCUCCAGCCUGCCCAGAUCAUGUGACAAGUGUCGAGUUGUGGACAGGCUGUUUCUGUGCAGCGACAGCAGGGACUUCUGGUACACCAUCAGAAGCGACACCUGUUGUGAAAGGGUUUGGACAGACUUCAAAGAAAAACUGAAAGCAACAUUUCCCCAAGACCCAGUGCUGAGAGGGGGAAAGGCCCGUGUUAUGCCUUUCAUGAAGUCUCUGUUGGGAGUGAGUGAAUCUCUUGAUAAGGUGAACAUCCAAGCGUUUCUGACGGUGAUCAAAUUCAUCGGUCCCUUCAGAGCCGAAGACGACAGAUGCGUGGUCCUGAAACAGCUGGAAGACUUGGUUCAACACUCACUGAUCAAAGAUCCUAGAGACAAGAGGAAAAAGAGCUGCUGGUUCGCUGGGCAACUGAAAACAGAGGAUGCAGAAAACAAAUUGAAAGGAAAACCACCUGGCACGUUCUUGAUUCGAAUGAGCGGGAGUGAACGCGAAUCGGGGAGUUUUUCACUAUCUCUUGUCAUGACGGACGACACAAUCUCUCACUUUCUCAUACAGGGACAUCCAUCAGAGGCCAUUCAUUCCAACCCAUUCAACUUGAAUCUCACUUUCCGCGAUAGAAGCUUUUCUAGUUUACCAGAACUAGUCAACAAGUUCCUCUUAACGGAAGAAAUAUCAGGAGAAGAUGAGGAAGAGAUCGCAACAAGGUGCUCCAGGGUAUGUCCCGACCUACCAUACAACCAGAUCAUCAACGGCUACAAGAUAUGAAGGAAUGCUACAGAAAUGGACGUCAUUGUCUGAACCAUAUAUUCCCAUGCUUGAGAUUAUCCACUGUAUACUAUUCAAAUGAAGUUAAAGAACACCCGAUAAUUACAUAAUACCGUAGCUGAACUGUCUUCAAAAGAAGUUUGAGGAAGCUUGUUUCAAGUAUUUGCAUUGAGCUACUCUUGACCAUGUUGUUUGUUUCUUUGGAAAAGCUCAACUCAUAGGAAGAUUCGCAUUUCUCAUUCGUUUUAGACAAACUUAUCUAUGAUAUCAGUCUAACAUUUGCAAGCGAAAUCGUUUAAAACGAGCCAACGUUAAAUGUAAACAAAUGAUAUUUCUGUGGAAUGCAUCACGUGACAUGAAAAUAGUAUCAUUUUCAAACAGUGUCAUUUACAAAGUGUCCAAAGUAACAAAUGUUACAUUCUGGCGGUGUGGGCUCGAAUUUCGGAUAGGACGCAACCUAAGAAGUACGCGAAAUUGUUAUCCCAAAUAUGACAUUUGUUACAAUAUUAUUUUCAUCUCCCAUAUAGUGACAAAAAUAAUGCAUAACAUAAUACCAUAUUUUGUCAUGUAGAUAGAAACGAGCACACAUAUAAAUGUUUGUCAAUCAGGAAGGCAAAGCCUGUUAUUCAUGGUGAAUGAAAUCAUGGCAAGUUUAAUGAAUAUAUUUGUUGUCUGAAAAAAAUCACUGAUGCUCUUCUUGCGCUUUAAAGAUGCAUUAAUUUAAACUCAUCAGCAUUACCAUCGCUCUUCCAUUCAUACUACUCGACGUUUGAUAAGGAUACCGAGAUCCUCAUACCACUACAUAUACAAAUUAUAAUAAUGACAUAAUAAGUGGGGGAAAAAACACAUAAAAAACAUCACUUUCAAAACUAUGAUAAAGAUACAGGAACGUGGGAUGUUUUUUCUGAGAAAUUAAAGAUGAAAGUUUUACAUUAUGAAUGAAGGUUUACAUGGGUAGGGGCGGGGUAGCCUAGUGGUUAAAGCGUUCGCUCGUCACGCCGAAGACCCGGGUUCGACAUGGGUACAAUGUAUGAAGCCCAUUUCUGGUGUCCCCCGUCGUGAUAUUGCUGGAAUGUUGCUAAAAGCGGCGUAAAACCAUACUCAGUCAGACAGUUUACAUGGGUAUAAUGUAUUUAUUACCAAGUAGAAAUUUAAUUUGAAAUUAUGUCUGAGUUACAUGUAUUUGUGUAUCUUUAGAUACCUUAUGGCAAGGAAGUAUAAUCAUAAGCUUCUUCAUCACACUUGUGGCAAUGUUCCUUGAGACUUUUAGCACAUCAGUAACCAAGUGAUCACUCAUACCAUGUUGUCAUUAGUUACAUAGCCAGCUUCAGAUGGAGGGGAGGGAUGCACAUAAUACCUUGACUCGGCAGAGGGGCAGUUAACAUGCACCCCCGUACCCACCAGUGAACUUCUAUGUCACCCAAAGAUCAAGACUGUAGAAAUAGAAUAUUUCACUCAAUUUUACAUCAAGUUUAUGUCGCUCGUGAAUUUUUUUCAGUUUGCUUGUGAAAUAAUUUUCAUUUUUCAAUCGGUAAAAAUAUUCACUCGGGACAUAAACUUUAUGUUCAAUAGAAGCCAUGAACCAUUUCAGUUUUCAUAUGAAAUCCCCAAAUCCUUAUCUUGUGUUAUUAUAUAUACACCGCUGAGAUUAUGAUGCACUCUUCACCAUCUGUGUUCAGGUGAGCUAUUCUGUUGGGAAACGCUCUGUGAAUUAUAUCAUGUAAUUCUAUGCUUUGUGUGUAUUUUCGGUGUGUGCAACACAAGUUAUGUUACCUUUCUUUAUGUUGGCAUGACCAUUGACAGUGUCACCGUUUACCGUCCUAUACUGUGCCCCAGAUUGUGCAUCGUCAUUUUACUAUGAAAUCAAAAGGAAUCUAUUUCCCAGGCUCGCAUACAUAUAUGUAAAGUAAGAGUUCUGUUCAGGAUAUUUUUGCUCACCUGACUUCAAUCAAGGGACUUUAUGUUGUGGCCUAUUUGUCCAGCGUCCGUCGUAAACCUCUUCUCCGAAACAACUGGUCCAAGGAAGCUGAAACUUCACAUACUUGCUCCCACCAAUGAUGGUACCCAAAAUUUUCCAAGAGGUUCGAAUCCAAUUUUCAAUUUUCAAUAUCGUCGCCACGGCUAUUACUCAGCAAUCAAAAUGUAAUGUCAUUUGGUGUAUGUGUAUACGUAGAGGGACACAACAUAACACUUAUAACCGCAAUAUACUUUACAUUUUGACCUUUUGACCUUUAUUUGGCCUUUCCAUUUUGACCACAUUCCUAAAUUCUCUCAAAACACGUUUCCUCACACGGUAAACGUCAUCUCCUCAGAAAGUAGUUACGCUGAAAUUUGACGUGCUGAAAGGAUGACCGCUCCAUUUGUUCAAAAGAUUUGAUACCAAAUUCCAGUGUGACGGGCAAAGAUGUCAUAUCGAAAAAGCUAUUCAUGGCCAUUGCAAACUUUUCUGAUCAGAUUGUUAUAUAAUGUGGUAUAAUUUAGUUACUUGUGGGGUUCAACAGUUAUUAAGGUCUUUAUAUUAAAAACUCAGACCAUUCAAUUCCCUCUACAUACAUAAUGUUUUUACUCUGUAAAAUGCCUUUCCUUCGAAAUUGCCAGACUGAGGGAGCUCACCUUUGGCAUGUAUGUUUGCUCUUGUGAUGACAUCAUAACAUCUUCAGUGUUAGUCAUCAGCUUUUAUGCAGACCACAUGUGAAUACCACCGCCCAUAUGUUCAGUGGCUGUCUUUGUUUUAAGAACGGUUUUUACAUAUCAUGUGAGCUACAGUGCCGUUGCACUAUAUUUUUAUACUACAUGUGCAUGCAGUUUGUCACAUUUAAAAAAAAGGAAAUGUGGAUAAAUGUAGGAUAUAUAAGUCUGAAAAAUAUUAACCAUCAUCAAAAAACUAUAUUGCUGGACAGGUGGAGCGGGAUAUUUGGAAGGAGGAAUCAAUGUUUAUGUAAUUAUUAUAAAGCUAACGGAUAUGUGUUUUCUUUACAAUUAUUUCCAUGUGUUUUACAAUUCUAUAGUAUUUAUUUGUAUGCACAAUCAGUCGUCAUUGUGUAUUGUUCAUGCGAUAUUUAUUUGCAAGCCUGUUGUUUCUUUCCACUGCUGUGGGAAACGUCACAUGCAUACAUCACGAUGUGUUUCUUGUUAGUUGUUGUCUGCAAACAAUAUGUGUGAUUUACACUGCGUGUCGCUGAAGAUGACAAGAGUUACAGCGCGUUGUAGUGUAAUGGGCAGGGUGUGAUAAAGUCCCCGGUCGGUCCAGUAGAUCUGCAUUACGUUAGAAAAAAAUUAAAAUAAGGGAAACCUUCAGAAAUCACGUGUUCAUGUGAACUUCAAGUUUUUGACUUAUUAAAUACAAUAUGUAGAGGUAAGACUUAAUUGUGAAAAUGACUGAGUUUAGAUGUUAUCUGGAAACCGUUUCUGUAAUAUUUACACAAUAGCAAUGCACGUGUUCUGUUUGUUUGUUUGUUGUUUAACGCCGAACUCAGCAAUAUUCUAGCUGUAUGACGGCGGUCUGUAAAUAAUUGAGUCUGGACCAGACAAUCCAGCGAUUAAUAUCAUGAGCAUCGAUCC